AGCGUUGGAGAUGCUCUUAGGGUUUAAAUAGAAGCAGAUAGCUAUAACCAUCCUCCUAAAUUUCACUUUGAUUUUUUGCUGGCAACAACUUUUACCUUGCAGCCAUGGCGAGCACCAAAGUCCAGAGGAUUAUGACCCAACCUAUUAAUCUGAUUUUUAGGUUUCUGCAAAGCAAAGCGCGCAUUCAGAUAUGGCUUUUUGAGCAGAAGGAUUUGAGGAUCGAAGGCAGAAUUAUCGGGUUUGACGAGUACAUGAAUUUGGUCCUCGAUGAUGCUGAAGAAGUGAGUAUCAAGAAGAAAAGCAGAAAAUCGCUUGGGAGGAUUUUACUCAAAGGAGACAACAUUACAUUGAUGAUGAACACGGGUAAAUGAUGUCUUUUGAUGAAUUCUGUUUUGUCAUCAAAUGAGAUGUUUCGGCUGUACGAAAGGUUGUCGCCAUUCCCCUAUUAGCUAUAUGUUUACAUCAUUCAGAUUUUCUAAUACAUGAGGUAGAAACACGAAUUACUUUGCUAUUACGACUUUGUAUUUGAAAGAUAUGUUACUUCUGUAUUCUUCUUUUCUC